GAUCUGUGUCAUUUUCCAGUCCAUCUGAAUCAUUCAUGGAACCAGCUACACCCGCACCCCGUGGCACCCGCAAGCUCCAAGUAGCCUAUAAAAGACUCAUAUACAGUGACCCUUUUAUCAGAGACAAGGGAGAAUUCACUAGAUUAGAAUUACCUCUCUUAGAUUGUAGAUACAGUCGACAAAGAGACAAUUCAUUUCCUCAGCCUGUAUGGAGAAAGGUCGAGCUAUUUACUCUGAAGAUUCAGGAUCAAAACCUCAGCAGAGCACCAAAGAACACAAAUUUACAGGACAUUCAUAUCCUACGGGGAAGAUCCAGGCGAUUGGAGACAUAUUCCAGUUCACAGUCGAUGUGAGUGAAUUUUCUCUGGAGGAUGUUAUCAUCACAUCCUCAAACAACCUGAUAGAGGUCCAUGCUGAGAAGCUUGGAGAAGAUGGCACAGUCACAAAUACAUUUUCCCACCGAUGUGAACUACCAUCAGAUGUGGACCCCAUGUCUGUGACCAUGACCAUGGAGAGCAGUGGGGUCUUGACUGUCAGAUCUCACAGGGUAUUUUAG